ACACCGGCUGCGUGAAGAUGAUAUAUUGUAAAGACGUUCGGUCCUGGGCUAAUAUAGACGCCGGCUGGCUGGGACCGAGUAUGUCCGGCGGUAAUUAUAUUGCUUUGCUUACUUACUUACUGAUCCGUCUUAAGAAAUUCCGGUGUUAAUUCGCGUUUGCAUAGUAGAAUACUGUAAUUUUCUCCCGACCUUUUGGCUUCUCUUACCAUGCCCUUACAUCCCAGCAAUCUGAGCCUCUCGCAAGUACUUCGCCAAUAAAGGUAUGUUUUUCUUUUCGGCCUGUACAAAUACCUAGUUAGUGUGAAUUCGUUGCGUUAUUUUGGAAGCUGUCUGCAUCGAUUCUAUGCCUGGUGUUUGCGGACAGAUAAAUAAAUGUACGUAAAACGUACGUGGUUUUUUGCGCCUUCCGAGAAAUAAUGCUCUGUAAAACAUAAUCGAUAUUUGCACCUAAUAUUUGAAGGUAAACGAAUGUCGGUAAUUGAUCGAUAUUUACUGACAAUGAAUAACGUCAGUUUGUGAAUACAUUGCCGACAUGCUUUUGUCAUCGAAAAUUAGUUCCAAAAGUUUGGUCACAGAGCGCUUUCUACUGCAAUGAUAUAAAAAAUGUUAGCAUCGGGUUAAAACAAUAGAGAAGCAGGAAGAACAACGUAAUAGGCUAUAAACGGAAGGAAACUAUGAAACAUACAAGCCUUGUCUUGCUCAUCACCUUGUCCGUAUGUAAGUUAUUAUAUUUUCAAAUUUAUUCCAACUCGGUUGUCAUUUUGCCCCGCAAGCGUCGCUGCUGCAGCGCUAACUUCAGAGCACUCACAGAAUCUCGGGACGUUGACGAGUUCGAACGUGCUGGAAUCGCGUCCUGUGACUCGAAUUUGUGAGAAACUUAAAUUAACAGUUUUUUUUCAAACAAAUCCGGUCUGUGGGGCUGGCCUUGGUAACUGACCGUCAAAAAAACAAUUCAAAGUCACGUAAAGAUUCGUUUUCACGCGGUUUGCUAGCGACUGACUUUUUUCUACGCUGAACAAAUGACGAUCGCGAUUGGACCGUUACCGUGUUCUUACACCAAGUCCGUAAAUAUUUUCGGUGUAUUCCUAGAUAAAUCAUGUGUUGAGUGUGCUUUUCAGUUUAUAACAUUCCAUUCUCAAUUUGUCACGAUUAUAUCGAGUAUGAAGAGUCGUAUACGAUCGCUACAGUGAUAUACGCAGGUAUGUAUAUAUGUGGAUACAAGCGUGCAUUAUACGUUUGCCCUUUCAGCACGUGCGUGCUCAAUUGUUGAAAACUAGCGGCUCUACGACGCCGAAGGUCAUCGCUGACAAAGCCUAUGUCUUGGAGAUCGAUCAGGAGAGCUGAUUCGACUGAUUCUAUAUUCUGGAAGCAUCAAACUAUCGUCUAAAGAGUGCGUCGCUUCAGUAUUCAACCUAGGCAGAUGUUACGAGAACUGCUACAUUCGAAGUAUGGAGCAACCCGCGAGAGAUUCAAGCAGAGCCAUCCAAUUAACUUCUUCAUUACUCGGCGACGUUGAUUUGGCAGUCUACGACGCGAGGGCUCGAGGCCUGUUGCCUUCAUGGUUGAAUCUCACCUUCCUGCCGCAGGACGAUCAUUGCGAUGCGACCUACGCCCAAAUCGGAGCUUUCGACAGCUACUCGAAUUGCGUUCACCUCUUCCUCGGCCCAGCCUGCGAUUACAGCGUCGCCGUCGUCGGAAGGGUGGCAAAGUUUCUCGGGGCUCCGUUGAUCACCACGGGAGGUUUCACCUUCGAUUUUACUCAACGAAAGAAGGAGUGCAGCGAUGAGUAUUACAUGACGCUGAGGACGGGAAGCCUGGCUUUCAGGGAUCUGAGUAAAUUCUUUAUCGCCAUUAUGGACAGGUACAAAUGGCGGAAGGUUCAUCUUUUUUACGUGACUAAUGGUCAGACCAAACUUGCUGGCAAACACACGUGCCAAUUGAUGAUGAAAUCGAUGGUCGAGUUCGUUAAGAAGAGACAGGACUUCACCUACGGUACUUUUGACGCCGAGACAACGUCGCCCAAGGAUUACGCCGAGGCGCUUCGUGAUCACGUUGGAAACAGCUGGAGCGUUGUCGUCAUGUGCGCCAACGCCACGACGAUACGAGAGAUUCUGCUCGCCGCCGAGGAACUGGGAAUGGUCGAUUCCGGAGAAUACGUAUUUUUCUCCAUCGAGUUGUCGUCCAGCGACAGCAACACCGAGCCUUGGAGGGUCGAGGGAGAUUCGGAUGGAAGAAACGAGAAGGCCAAGAAGGCCUAUCAGGCUCUUCUCACCGUCACGGCUCGCACUCCCGACAAUUUGGAGUACGAGAACUUUUCGAGGGAGGUGAAACACCUCGCCCAGAAGAAUUACAACUUCACAUUCGGCAACAGCUCGGUAUCGACGUUCGUAACGGCCUUCUACGACGCCGUUCUUCUAUACGCCCUCGCCCUCAACGAGAGCUUACCCGACAGUCCCGGGGAGGUCAAUCUCGACGGUGGUAAUCUCACACGCAGGAUGUGGAACAAGAGUUUCAAGGGAAUCACGGGGGACGUUAACAUCGAUACAAAUGGCGAUAGGAUCGCAGACUAUUCCCUAUUGGACAUGAACCCGAAGACGUUAAAGUUCGAGAUCGUCGCAAAUUACUACGGGGCAAAUCAGAGCCUCGAGUACGUUCCGGGGCGAUCUAUCCACUGGUCGGGAGAGAGGCAGGAACCACCCCCAGACACGCCGACGUGUGGUUUUGACGGAACCCUUUGCCCGGACAACUCUCUUCCGGGAUACGCGAUUCUCUCCAUAGUUCUCAGCUCUAUCGUCGUUGGACUCGUGGUCGCCUCGGUUUUCAUUUACCGACACUUCAAACUCGAGGCCGACAUCGCCUCGAUGACCUGGAGAGUGCACUGGCAGGACAUUCUGGUCAUGCCCCACGGGAAGACGAGGGGCUCGACGUAUUCGUUGCCGAAUAAGCACCGUGGCAGCCAGGUGACGAUGUACUCCGAGGACAACGCAAGCAUGGCCGGAGGAGCUGACAGGCAAAUCUACGUACCGACAGGAAUAUACAAGAACUCGAAAGUGGCCAUCAAACUGAUCCCCAGAAGCAAAGUCGAGAUUUCCAGACCUCUGCUUCUCGAAUUGAAAAGGAUGAAGGACUUGCAACACGACCACCUUGUCCGGUUUUACGGAGCUUGCAUGGACCCGCCGCACUGCUGUCUCCUCACCGAAUACUGCCCGAAAGGAUCCUUGCAGGACAUUUUAGAAAACGAUCAGAUAAAGCUCGACCGCGUUUUCCGCGGUUCGCUCAUCCACGACAUCGUCAGAGGCAUGGCCUACCUCCAUGCCUCCGAGCUCAAGAGCCACGGAAACCUCAAGUCCACGAACUGCGUUGUCGACUCGCGAUUCGUCCUCAAAAUCGCUGAUUUUGGCCUCCAUGAACUGCGCAGGCCGAGCCCAGCCGACAUUGACGAGGAUCGGGACAGCUACGCUUUUUGGAGAAAACAGCUGUGGACGGCACCAGAACUUUUGCGACUCGAACGUCGUCCACCGGAAGGAACGCAGAAGGGUGACGUCUACAGCUUCGCCAUUAUCGUUCACGAGAUCGUUGUAAGACAGGGUCCCUUCUACUUGGGUGACGACAAAGACACGCCUCCAAAAGAGAUCGUCGAGGGUGUACGAAAGGGUGGUGGAUCACCCCUGCGACCGUUGAUCGACGAGGCGGCGGUGGAGGAAGAGGUUGCAACGCUGAUGCGACGCUGCUGGGCACAAGACGCUGCUGACAGGCCAGACUUUCCGGCGUUGAAGCAGACGAUUCGUAAAAUCAACAAAGAUUACGAGAGCAGCAAUAUACUGGACAAUCUACUUUCCCGGAUGGAGCAGUACGCUAAUAACUUGGAGACACUCGUCGAGGAACGGACCGCUGAUUAUUUCGAGGAGAAACGCAAGUGCGAGGAGCUGCUCUAUCAGCUACUCCCAAAAUCGGUCGCCUCCCAGCUGAUCCUCGGCCAGAGUGUCAUCGCCGAGACGUACGACCAAGUGACAAUAUACUUCAGCGACAUCGUCGGUUUUACGAGCCUGUCUGCCGAGAGCACGCCGCUGCAGGUUGUGGACCUCCUGAACGACCUCUACACCUGCUUCGACUCGAUCAUCGAGAACUUUGACGUCUACAAAGUGGAGACGAUCGGUGACGCGUACAUGGUGGUGUCGGGACUUCCGGUGAGAAACGGAACGAAUCACGCAAGGGAGAUUGCAAGGAUGAGUUUGGCGCUGAGGGACACCGUGAUGACCUUCAGCAUCCGGCACAGGCCAAACGAGCAGCUCAAACUGCGGAUCGGGAUGCAUUCGGGACCCUGCGUCGCCGGGGUGGUUGGACUGAAGAUGCCGAGGUACUGCCUGUUCGGAGACACGGUGAACACGGCGUCGAGAAUGGAAAGCAACGGGGAAGCUCUGAAGAUCCACGUCAGUCCCCAGACUAAAGAGAUCCUCGACACCUUCGGCACUUUCGAUUUAGAGUGCAGAGGCGAGGUCACGAUGAAGGGAAAGGGGACGAUGGUGACGUACUGGCUUCAAGGCGAGAAGUCGAAGACGACGAACAACAACAACGUCCAGUCGAGACCGGUUCCGAUUCCGAUCGGGGCCCAGAACCAGGUGCCGGGGAUCGCGCAUCAGCAGCACCAAAACCUCCAGAGUCGUGGGGGUCCGACGCUGACCGGAAACGGGGCACCUCCGAGCCUCUCGUCGCCUUCGCCGCGGCACCGAUCCGGGGGUGGUGAGGGGGCGACGCACCCCCAAAUCGCGACGCAUCUCACCCUCGAAAGCGUUCCAAAUCACUCGGAUUCCGGUCCCGGUGCCCCGCUUCUGCUCCCCACGUCGGCCGGGGCCCAUCCGAGGGUCUAAGAUCCACCUGAGAGGGUUCAAAGGGGGGCGAAUGUUUCUUCGAGGAUUUUUAUCCUCUUACGAGGAUUGACGGUGAUCGGGAAAAGCGGAGAUGCCGACCAAGUGGGGGAAAGAGAAUAUAAUGAAAGUAGCGAGAGAAACGGGAUAUGUAAUGUAUGUAGGAAUUAACGGUUAAUUUGUGUGCAAUCGUUGAUAGUUUUGUGUAUUCUUGCCUGCAGCGAUUGAUUCGAAUGCGGCAGAUUAUCGUAUCGAAGUCAGGAAAGUGAAGCUGAAGGACUAUUCUUCGUAAUUUAUUCGCCAGAAAUUAGUGAUCUCUUUGUACAAGGUAUCGCGGAAUCAAUGUUACCAAUUAUAUUAUAUAAUUACAUGCGCACACACACAUACAUAUAUACAUAUAUAUAUGUAUAUACAUUAGGUAAAUGAUUAAAUGUAAUGAUUAACAAAAAUUGAUAAGUAAUGGAUAAAUUAAAAAAAUCAGAAAUAUAAAUAAAUAUAUUAUACAUAUAUAUACAUAUACAUAUGUAUAUCGUCGGAUCAAAUUCUCCGAGCUUAUUAUACAUACGUAGAGUGGUGUAUAAUUGUAUACGGUGAAAUAGAAACCCAGAGUGAAAAUCACGAGUGGAAAGAAAAUGAUAAAAAAAAUAUAUAUAUAUUAUACGAUAAGCAUAAAUAAUAAACUACGCGGAAGGAUUAUAAUGUUAUAAUUGAGGAAUAUAUUAUUUCCGAUCUUGUUGUAUACGUAUUAAUUACGGCGGGAUUUUCGAGUACAAUACCCGUGACUCAGUAUUAUCAAUCUAAGUUUAGAAUUUUUUUCUCGCUGUUAUUACUUCCACCCCCGUUUUUUUCUCUUUGUAAUAUACAUAAUUUACGUAUGUAACAUAUUUAUUUGGUCUCCAGUUAUAACGCAUAAAUACGGAGCGCGUUUCGCAUAGCGUGAUUCGUAACUAUACCUAUUGUUAUUAUCUAUCUUCAUAAUUUUUUUUUUUUCAUUUCCGAAAAAGUUUAGGGCAUACAAUCGUAUUAUAGGAAUGCAUGUAGCACACAUAUACACACACACACAUACACACAUAUACAUAUUAGAUUAUAUUGUACCUUUAAAAUAGAGGUAAAUAGAAAAUCGUCUAUACGGUCGCGUCGCGUUCAUUGCGCCGCCAAAAGUUAUUAAUUCUACGAUAAUAAACGCUCUAUGGCCUAUUCCGAGGCAAAAGGCCAACGGUAAGCAGUUACGUAUGACAUUACUAGACAAUUAAGCCACGAUUCAAAAUAUACGCAUAAUGAUUGUUACAUAGACGUGUUUACGAAGCUGUUUGAGAGUCUGCGGUUAACUUCAAUAAGUCCUACUACUUCUAGCCUAAGUCCGAGAGUGAAAUAUUUGUCUUAUACGAAUUUCGCUGCUUACCUGUCGAAAGUUGAGGAAUUUUCAUCGCCGAACCGAUUCUGACUUUUCCUUGGCAUAUCGUACUUGUUUCUUAGUAUUACAAUUAAUACCUUUCCCUCUGGCCGCAGGCUGUCAAACUUAAUGUUAGAAGAUUAAGAUUAUUAUUAUUAUUAUUAUUAUAAAUGAUAAAUGGUAUAUUAUAUAUUAUAAAGGAUAUAUGAUUAGUUAUUGUAUAUUAUACUGUAUAGACGCAUAUAUAUGUGGCAAAAUAUUGCACGCAUAUGUGUGCGUGUAUAGUAUACGAAAUGAAGCUAUAAAAAAAAGGAUGACAAAAAAAAACUUAUCACAAAUCGAUGUGUAUAGAGUUUAGAGAGCCGACGAGGCUGGGCCUCCGGCUAACGCGUGACUUUAUGAAAAACGCGGAAAAAUAAAUAGCUAGAUACGAGUGAGAGAGACGGAAGAAUAGAGAAGGAAUAAGAAAAAUUGAGUAUACAGUUAACGUGCUUUAAGAAAUUUUUGAGCACACAGAGAAGCUGUUUAUAAUACCGUACAACAGUCACGAUACGCACGAUGCAAUUAAAUCGAAUGUAACGAGUGAAUGAACGAACGAACGUUUGAAUGAUCGGUCGACCCGCGUUGUAAAAUGACGUCAUAAAAGAUAACUAUAAACGAAAGAAGAAAAAAACGAACAGGAGCAAACAAAAUGUGACUCCCAAUGACGAGAGGUUACAGAUACAUACAUAGAUAUAUAAAUAUGCAUAUUCAUAUAUUUAUGUCGUUUAUUCUUAUCAACAUAAUUAAUAUACGUAUAAUAGUCACGUGUACCGACGGUGUCGCAGCUCGUAAUAAAGUUGAAGUCGUUUUCAAACAUUCUUUCAAACGAUCAAUCACUUUCUUUCCUUUAUUCACUCACGCACGCUUUUUCUUCUUUCUCGUUCGAUUCGGUCGACGAGAAAAAC